AUUUCAUAAUCGACCAGUUAGCUAUCUAAUUUACACCCAAACACCAAAGUUGCACCCACCACGGGCAUUUGAUGUUUUCUUUUUAGUCGCUGCAACGUGGAUCACUUGCCUAGGGUUUUUAUUGAGCUUAGGGUUUGAUUUGGUGAAUGGCCGCCCAUACAAUGCUAUUCCUCAAAUGCGUUCUCUCACCAUUCAGACCGCGAACAGAUGCAGAAGAAUAUUGCAGACGAAAAAUUGCUAUGACCCAGUUCUUGCUCAAUGAAUGUGGGUUUUCUGAGUCCCAAGCUUUAGCGAUUGGUAGGAGGAACGAAGAUUUGUUCAAAACCAUAUCCAUCCGCACAGCCCAGCAGGCAGUCCAGCUCCUCAGAGACUCGGGUUUCGCUGAAGACCAGGUAAGGAAAAUCGUUUUCUCAAAUCCAAAAAUUAUACAGCUCAAAGUGGAUAGUCAGUUAAAGCCCAAGAUUGAGUUCAUGAAGGCAUUAGGUUUUACUGGUUGUGACCUGGGACACAUCUUAAGUCGAGCAACUGGUUUGUUCACUUGCAAUUUGGAACAAAACCUAAGCCCUAAAAUUCCCUUGCUUGUAGGCAUAUUUGGUUCAAAGCUUAGUCUGUGGAAAACUCUCAAACGGUAUCCUAGACUUUUGACGUGUAAUAUGGACAAUUUGAAACCUAAAAUAGAUAUUUUAAAGCAAUCAGGUAUGCAAGAUGAACUUCUUUUAUAUGUAAUCAAGUUAAGGCCCACUUUAAUUUUGCGCAGUGAAGAGGCGCUGAAAUUGGAGAUUGAAUAUGUGAGAAACCUAGGUAUUUUGGAGGGAUCCAAAGCAUUUGCAAACGCCCUUGUAGCGGUUGAUAGUUCUGGGCUUGAAAAUUUUGAAAAUAAAUUAAAACAUAUGGCAACGCUCGGUCUUUUGGAGAAUGAGAUCCUGCAGAUUGUAAGAAGUACUUCUAGUACGCUCAGUUGUAGCAUUGAUAAGAUAAAGAAAAACAUGGAUUUCUUGAAAAAUACUGCUGGCAUUCCGCCAAACAUUUUGGUUUUGUAUCCUCGUCUUUUAACUUUUAGCAUAGAGAAUAGGAUUCAACCACGACAUAAGGUAAUUGAAUUUUUAAGGGAAACAGAACCAUCCAGACUUCCCAGAAACCUUGCUAAAGUUUAUGCACUAAGUGAACAAAGUUUUUCUGACAAGUUUCUGAUGGGCAGUCCUGAGGCAGCAAAGUUGUUUGGAAAGUAUAAGGGUAAGUCUGUUGAUCUCGCCAUCAGCUGAAAGACUUUUGUGGACCUUGGAGCAGACAGAAAAAGUGUUUUAAUCAAUCCAGGCAUUUUCAUGAGGUUGUAUCGGAUAAAAAGGGGUUUAUAAGUAAUCCACCCAUUUUCGUGGGGUUGAAUCAGACAAAAGAAGUUUCACUCAAUCUGGAUACUUUUCUUGAGCUUGGGUCAAACAGAAGGGGUUUUGAUCAAUCCAGGCCUUUUCUUGAGGUUGGAGAGGACUUGAAAGAGUGGUUUUAAAUCAUUCAAUAUCUUUUGUUCAUGUUGGAUCUCAGAUCAGAAAGGUGUUUAAUUAAUCUAGACCUCAACAAGUUGCAGGAAUGAUCUUUUAGUAUUUUAUUCAUUACCCAAUCAAUGCCAACUCUUGAAAAAUAGUGUUAUGUAAUUGAACUGUAAAGCAUUACCCUGACAGAACAAAAGUCUUCUAAUACAAGGAAAAUGUCUAUUUUAUGAGGA